GUUUAUAUGAUCAAGCUUGGUAGGAUAGAUGAUCUCAAGGGUUUUAGUUCAAAUGGUAUUUGGCAAGGUAGUGGUUCCUUUGAGACUACAAAGCAUUAUGGAGCAGAUUUGGAAUCUGCUUGGCAGAAUGCAGUAUCAGUAGGAGGACAAGACUUAGCCAAAGAGAGUUCAAAACUGCAUGGGAACUGGAAAGAUAAUAUGGCUUUAUCAAAAAAAUCUGAUAAGAUAUGGUGGCUACAGUUAUGGAUGGUGUUGGGCAAGGCAGAAGUUCCAUGGAGAUUGAGGGGUAUUUUGGAGAAGAUUGGAG